AUGGCGUCACAAUGGCUUCGUCGCAGGACGACAACCUGUCCUCUUGAUGUCGAGGAUCGGUUUGGACCACAGGUUAGUAGCCUGUGUCUGUCGGGCUUCGACUUCACCUGGUACUUUGAGUCAGUUAUCUUGACAUUGCCGGUGACCUUAUUCUUUCUCAUCUGGGCUGUACCGCGGAUUUUCCAUCUUCAAGGGAAGAGCGUCAAGACCCAAGGUGGCUACUGUGGUUAUGCUAAGCUGGUCUUAUAUAUGCUUCUAAUAGGCGUCCAACUCGCUCUUGUCUGUCUCUGGGGAGAUCCAUCGGCAAAGAUAACACGCGCCACGAUCGGCAGUUCUGUGAUCACAUUGAUGGCCUAUGUGGUGCUUGGAGCACUUUCACAAUAUGAACAUACGCGCACUAUCAAGCCUUCCACAAUUAAUGCCGGCUAUCUUUUUCUUUCAUCGCUACUUUCACUGGCCGAGGCUCGCACUCUAUAUUUCAUCCAUACAAAUCGCGUGAUUCCGAUUCUGUACACUGUCGGUCUGGGUCUCCGUGUUAUCACCCUUAUUGUUGAAUCAAUUCCGAAAUACUCUAUUCUCAAGGCCGCACACCGGAAUCCUCCGCCAGAGACUGCUACGGGUGUGCUGGGUCUGAGCCUUUUUACGUGGAUCAAUCCCCUGCUGUUGACAGGAAGCCGAACAGACCUAACAAUUGAGAGCUUGCCAGCUCUGGAGGAUUCUUUGGUCGCAGAUGGAAGCAAGCCACAUGGAUUGGAGAAAUUCUGGCGGGAAAGUGCCAACUGGGACAAGCCACAUAGCCUACUCUUCGCGUCGAUGCGGUACUAUGCCUACCCUUUUCUACUUGGAAUUCUCCCUCGAGCCUUGCAGAUCGGAUUCACUUUUGCACAGCCCUUCCUGGUUGAUGCCACUAUUAGCUGGGUCGAGGAGGAGGAUGGGCCGACCACUAUGAGUCAGGGCUAUGGUCUCAUUGGCGCUUUUGGAAUCACAUAUAUUGGUAUCGCAGUCUCCACGGCUUAUGCUCAACAUCAAGCCUUUCGGGUGGUCACAAUGAUGCGGGCUAGCUUGAUUGACAUGAUGUACCGUCAUAUCACAGUAAUGCGUGACAGUGAUGUUGAAUCUAGCUCCCCGGUCACUAUGAUGAACGCAGAUAUCGAGCGUAUAACUAGUGGUCUGCGAUAUAUCCACGACCUGUGGGCGUGUCUUAUUGAAAUUCCGGUCGUUCUGUGGCUACUAUGGCGGCAGCUAGGAAUUUCCAAUGUUGCUCCCAUCGCCGUCGUCAUCGUGACCAUGUUGGUAUGCGUGCUUAUCUCUCUCUUGGCCGGUCCGCGCCAAAAAAUAUGGCUAGAAGCCAUCGAGAAGCGCAUAGAUAUCACGGCACAAGUAUUGACUUGCGUGAAAGGGGUCCGUAUGGCCGGACUUACCGACAAACUCUUCACUAUAAUUCAGAAGAUGCGCGUCGAUGAGGUGCGAAUGUCGGAGCGCUUCCGUCGUCUCCUCAUACUCGUGGUCGCUGUGGCCUAUAGCAACUACUCCCUUUCACCUUUGGCCGCCUUCCUGAUCUACUCUCUGAAUGUCCGGGGCCAUGGCGACAAAACUCUUACAGCGAAUCGCGCCUUCACCGCGUUGUCACUGUUCUCAAUCCUGGCCACGCCAAUCACUAACCUUGUUGAAGCUGUAACGGGUAUCGCUACAGCCAUUGGCUCCCUGAAACGUAUCAAUCUCUUCCUGCAGUCUUCUUCUCGGAGCACCGACGGCUAUGUAUACCAAACCAAGACUGCAGCCAGUUCUGAGAGUACCCUGGCCAGCAACUUCGAAUCCCGAUCGGUGAAGAUCGCCCGGGAACUGGAAGAGAAGGAGUUGGCGGAUUACCCCAACUUCUUUAGUCGGCAAAGUCGACAAAGUCGUGAAGGCCUUCCUAGCUACGACUCAAUCCCAACACUGGACUUCUGCGCCACCGGUCGCAGUGUCGGCUGGGAAGAGGGGAAACCGAACGUCAUCGAGAAUGCUUCAUUUGAGAUCCGUCAUGGCACACUUAACAUGAUCGUCGGACCUGUCGGCUGUGGUAAAUCUACAUUUGUCCGCAUGUUACUUCAGGAGACCCCGAUCGCCACCGGAGAGCUCUUGGUAGAGACUGGCGCCAUCGCUUAUUGUUCGCAAAUGCCCUGGUUGACCAACCGCAGCAUGCAGGAGAAUAUUCUCGGAGAGUCCCUCUUUGAUCUUAAUUGGUACAAUACCGUAGUGCAGGCGUGUGCACUGGAUGAAGAUAUUCGCAAUCAGCCGAACGGCGAUCAGAGCUCGCUAGGAUCUGGAGGUGCCACACUCAGUGGAGGCCAGAAGCAACGUGUUGCCUUGGCGCGUGCUAUCUACUCACGUGCGGAGACAAUUAUCCUGGAUGAUGCAUUCAGUGGACUUGAUCGUACGACCGAGGAGGCCAUUGUUAAAAGUCUGCUCAUUCCUGGCGGCUUACUGCGUCGGAUGGGGAUUACCAUCAUAAUGACCACCAACAGCGUCUCCCGCCUCUCGCUCGCCGAUAACAUCAUUGCACUCUCCAAAACAGGCACAAUCGUCGAACAAGGCUCAUACAAAGAACUGAUGGAAUCUCCAAACAGCUUUAUCCAUACUCUGUCAAUACCGAAGGGUAGUGAAGGAGCUGAGGACGAUUCUGAGAAUGCAACAGCUGAGGGUCCUAAGACGCACCGAUUGAUUAGCAUGGCUGACCUGGAUAUCGAGGCGCCGCCGCCCCAGGAUGGGCGGAGGACGGGCGAUUUGUCUAUUUACUGGUAUUAUGCGCAGGUGUUAGGGCUUUGGAGAUCCAUAAUCUUUGUCGUGCUUAUUUCCUGCUAUGUGGUUGGAAUCACCAUGCCUUCAAUCUGGAUCGAGUGGUGGACGGAUGCGAAUGCGAAGCAUCCAAAUGCAAGACUUGGAUACUGGCUCGGGAUUUAUGGCGCCAUCGCAAGUAUUGCUGUGAUAGGACUCGUCCUGGCUUGUUGGCAUCUGAUGUCUAAUUUGGUUGCUCGCGCGGCGAAGACCAUGCACGCCAGUCUUCUGAGGGGUGUUCUAGACUCCCCGAUGUCUUAUUUCCACACCACUGAUAUUGGCGAAACCACAAACCGAUUCAGUCAGGAUCUCCAACUCAUCGACAUGGAACUUCCUCUCGCUGUUCUCAACACCAUUCUCACAUUCCUUACUUGCAUUGCACAGAUGGUGGUCGUAUGUACUUCAGCCAAGUAUAUCGCCGCCGCGAUCCCAGCCUGUGUUAUUGCCUUGUAUUUCGUUCAACUGUUCUACCUCCGCACUUCCCGUCAGAUACGAUUUCUUGACCUUGAGGCGAAGGCACCCUUGAUCUCGCACUUCCUCGACACUCUCAACGGUUUGACCACCAUCCGUGGCUUCCACUGGGAGAAGCAGUACCGUCAGCAUAAUGCCAAGUUGCUUAACGCGAGUCAAAAGCCAUUUUAUCUGCUCUUCGCUAUUCAGCGAUGGUUGGAAAUGGUUAUUGCCCUGUGCGUUGCUGGCUUUGCGGUUGUACUGAUCGGAAUUGCGGUUGCUACGCGAGGCAAGCUCAGCGCUGGCUUCAUCGGCGUGGCUUUGGUGAAUAUUGUUACAUUGACAGAGAAUUUGCAGGGUUUGAUUAUGCAAUGGACCACUUUGGAGACAUCAAUUGGUGCCGUGUCGCGUGUACGCCACUUCCAGCGCACGAUUGAAACCGAGCACACCGAGUGGGAAAGGAUGAGUCCUGCACCAGAGUGGCCUGAACAAGGGGCGAUUAUUUUCAAUGAUGUUGUGGCUUCAUAUAAGGACUCGGCAAAGCCGGCCAUUGAUCAUGUUUCUCUUGCAAUUCGGCCCGGCUCAAAAGUUGGCAUCUGCGGGCGAACCGGAAGUGGUAAAUCAUCACUUGUCUCUUCUCUCUUCCGCCUGAUUGAACUAUCAAGUGGGAACAUCAUCGUUGACGGAUUGGAUAUCUCCACCCUUCAACGCAAUCCGCUCCGCGCCCAGCUUAAUUGUAUCCCUCAGGAGCCUUUCCUGCUACCUUCCUGCUCUGUCCGACUCAAUCUUGAUCCCAACAGUCGCAUUGAUGAUGACAUCUUGAUCCAAGCAGUACAAAAAGUGCAGCUCUGGGAUGUGGUCGAAAAACUUGGUGGUCUAGACGCGGCAAUCACCUCUGAGACAUUUUCACCUGGUCAAAAACAGCUUCUUUGUUUUGCACGCGCCAUGGUGCGUCCAGCUGGAAAGAUCCUCAUUUUGGAUGAAGCAACUAGCAGUAUCGACACCAAAACUGACGAGAUCAUGCAAUCACUCAUUCGAUCGGAAUUUGCUUCACACACUGUGAUCGCCAUUGCGCAUCGAUUAGAAACAAUUGUGGACUUUGAUGAGGUGAUUGUCAUGGAAGCUGGACGAAUCAAAGAACGCGGUGCGCCAGGAAUGUUGCUGGUGCAGAAGAGCGCGUUUUCUGAGCUUUACUAUGACAAUGGACGCGCUCCAGCGGCUCCACAACAUGAUGGGGACGGGGAGAGUAAUGAUCCGGUUAAUCGUUUUUCCCUGUACCUGUCAACGCGAUUCUUUCCCUAG